CCUACACUAUAUACAUGCCUACUCUAUACAUGUCUACACUAUACAUGUCUACUUUAUACUCUGUACAUGUGUACUCUAUAUACAUGCCUGCUCUAUACUCUACACAUGUACUCUAUACUCUAUGCAUGUCCACACUAUACUCUGUACAUGUCUACUCCAUACUAUAUGCAUGUCUACACUAUACCUGCCUACUCUAUAUGCAUAUCUACUCUUUACACGCUAUAUACUCUAUACAUGUCUAUACAAGCUUUAAACUAUACAUGUCUGUUCUAUGCAUGUUCAUCUUGCAUGUUUGCUGUAUGAUCUUAGAAAGUCAUAUGCAAGCAUGUAAUAUAACUAAACACCUACACCUGCUGAACAGUGUAUCAUGUGUAUAAGGGAUGGUUUAUGUUUUUACAUUUUGUGAGUAUAAUUAAUUAUCUGGUUCUUACAGGGCCACGUUCCGUAUAAUCCUAAUCACAAAAAAUUGAUCACGGUACACCUGCCUAAUGACAUAAGUCUCUAGUAGUGCCAAAGGCUGCCCUUUAACAAAAUGCCAUUUUCUAUAUAAAGCUCAGUCUAGGCACAUCAAGCUAUUACCCUAAUCCCCUUGGGGCUUGUUUACUUAAUUAAGCAGGCUGCUACGACUCCAAGAGGAAGCAGAAGCCACAGUACAGGACUCUAGUUCUGUAGUACAUCUAGAACAACAGGGUGUUUUUUUUUGUUGUUAAAAGACACAGUGGAUUUUUGAAAAAGGCCGUGGAUCACUGGCAGAGGAUAUGGGGGUGUCAACAAAUACGCCUGCCUCGUGUUUUCAAGCCUCAGCUCCAAACAAGUUAAGUUUUUUGUAUUAGCCACCUCAGGAAUCAAUGGGGAAAGACAAACAGAAGAAUUCCUUUGUGUGGGAAGUAAAUAUUUAGCCUUUCUGAGGAUUUCCUUGGUGAGAAGAGACAUCCACCAGGUGAGUUAUCUUUCUGGAGGCUUUUAGUAAUUUGUUAGAAAAUAAGCCCAGCUUUCCUUUCAUGGAAGGGCUCAUUCUUGUGAGAACUCUAGUGAGAACCUCUUAUGAAAAAGAGUAGGCAUACUGCAUGGAUUUCUACAGGAUUUGUAUAAGAACCUGACUAUAACUAUAGUUUAUAAUAGGAUACUACUAUGUAUUAUAGUUUGGGACACACAGGGAUAUUUAAAGUGGUGAAAAUAUUAUAGAGGAAACUGUAGUUAUCUUAUAGUUUCUUCUAGUAUCACCAUAGAUUUUUUUUCCUUUUUUGAUAAAGGAGAAAUAUGUGUGACAUGGGACAGAAUAAGUAUUUCUGUAUAGUAUCUGCAUUAAAAAUGACCAAAAACAACAUGCUGUAAUUUUAUGAUUUGAUACAGAGUUCAUCUAACCUCAUUCAGGUCAACUGACCUUUUAGACUUUUUGCCAGCCUUACUUUUAAGCUGUUGUCUCCAUUCAUAUACAUUACUAAUGAAACUCCUCUGUCUUCUUAGAUAGCUCUAAUUAGGCCCACUAAACUCCACUAAAACAGUGGGCCAAAAUAAGACUGUGAGGAAACCCUUUCAUUUACUCAGAAUCACGUUUCUAAUCUCUCUGGAUUAGAAACAUGGGGCACAUUUUAUCUGCCAAAUUACUCAUUCUAACCUCACAGAGUGAGUGUUUACACCUGAUCACUCAUUUUGUUCAGAGUCAGCGUAGCUCUGUUUUAGCACCCGUAUUCUAUCAAACCACGCCCCCUGUGCUGUGAUUGGCGAACAGGAACUCGCGUCCCCCUCUAGGAUUGGCUUAUAGUUAUGUGCGCAUGCGCAGAGAUUAGCUAGAGCUUCAGAAGAGCAGUCCGUCGUGUUUUGCUGGAAUACGAGUGGGAAAUAAAAUAAAUAACGCCAGGCGCUGUGUGUGCUGUGAGGAGGAUUGAGGCCAAUCAGGCCGGACACGAAUGAACUCGGAUUAAACUGUCGCCUGGAUCUGAUUACGGCACGGAAGAGCAUGACAUUUGUUUUUAUCUGCCACGCAAACGGCCUUAAAGCAUUAUUACAAUAACAAUAUGUUUGUUAGACCUUUAUUAGGGCUGUUAAUGUGGAUCCUCUGACUUUCAGUAUUGGAGAAGCGAUGGGCUGUGGGGUCACAAAAGGAAGUGAAUUCCAUAAAAGAUAUGACAAAGAUGGAAAUAUAAUCUCGGUUAGGAUCUCAGCGGCCAUAACAAUCCGAGCUGCUGUUCUGAUCCAGCGCUGGUACCGGCAGUAUGUGGCCCGCAUGGAGAUGAGGCGCAGAUACACCUGGAACAUCUUCCAGUCCAUAGAGUAUGCUGGCCAACAGGACCAGAUCAAGCUGUAUAAUUUUCUCGGUUACCUCGUGGAUAACUUCACACCCUCCAGCACUGAAAGAAACCUGAUCUCUCACAUCUUCAGAGAAAAUGAAGUAUGCCGGGAUGUAGAGUGGGAGAGAUACUUCGACUACAGGAAUAUUGAGGUGCCAGAAAUCUACUCAGGCCCACGGCUAACCUUUCCAUUGGAUGCAGAACAAGCUGCUGAUCUCGUAGAGGCCUUCCGAAACAAACAACAGCUCCAUUCCCGUUACGUUCUUCAACUUCUUGUGGAAACAUGGAAGUUGCUCAGAGUUCUGCCAAAUAUCAACCGAAUCUCAACCUGCCAUAGCAAAGAAAUCACAAUAUGUGGUGACUUGCACGGACAAUUAGAGGACUUGAUACUAAUAUUUUACAAGAAUGGUAUGCCGUCGCUGGAGAAGCCAUACGUUUUCAAUGGAGACUUUGUAGAUCGAGGCAAGGACUCCAUUGAGAUUCUACUCAUUUUGUUUGCCUUCUUGUUGGUGUAUCCUGGAGAAGUUCACCUUAAUCGAGGAAAUCAUGAAGAUCACAUAAUAAACCUGAGGUAUGGUUUCACCAAAGAAGUGCUGGGCAAAUACAAGAUGCACGGUAAGCGUAUCUUGAAGCUACUGCAGAAGAUCUUCAGCUGGUUGCCACUGGCAACAGUGAUUGAUCAGAAGGUGCUGAUAGUCCAUGGAGGGAUCUCAGACACGACUGACCUGGCUCUGGUGGCCAGAGUGGACAGGCACCGAUAUGUAUCUGCUUUGAGGCCUCCAAAGAAGAGGUUUACCUACUCUGUCCGGUCUUCAGUGGACUCAGAGAUAGAUGAGGACAUGAUCGGCUCUAAAUACAGCAUACUGAACAGGAGGCGAGCCUCUCUGACCUAUUUCAGGCCCUUUCCUUCCCGCGAAAGCUUUCAGCGCCGCUCCUUGCAGGACUUUUCGGCCACUGUGGCCCGGACCAUGGAAGAGGAGAUGGAGGUCCGGCGUAGGCAGGCCGCCCUGGCCUACCCUGGAUACAGCCUGUCCUGCAGACAUCUGAACACGUCCAUAUCAUCUGAAUCAGAUUCAAACUCUGUAGACACUUUUGAAAACAUCAACAAUGAGUGGAAACAGAUACUGGACUUGCUCUGGAGUGACCCCAUGAUGCCAAAUGGCUGCAUCCCCAAUGAAGUCCGUGGUGGAGGCUGUUACUGGGGUCCCAAUGUGACGGAGGAGUUUUUAAACAAACACAAUCUGCAGCUCAUCAUCCGCUCCCACGAAUGCAAACAAGACGGAUACGAGUUCUGCCACAACCGCAAGGUUCUCACCAUUUUUUCUGCCUCCAACUACUAUGAGGUGGGCAGUAACAGAGGAGCGUUCAUCAGGCUUGGUCCAGACCUAGUGCCUUACUUCAUCCAGUACCAGGCCAACAGCAUGACCCGUGAAAUGAGCGUCAGGCAAAGUGUCAGACGGACGGAGCACUCGGCUCUUAAAGUCCUGAGAGAGCAGCUGUUUGCGCACAAGUCAGACCUCCUCAGUGCCUUCCAGGAAUACGAUAAGGAGAACACAGGCCUCAUUUCUCUGAAUGACUGGGGCAGUGCAGUGGGUCAGGUGCUGCAUCUGGACUUGCCCUGGAGAAUGCUGCGCUCUCAGCUUAUCACCACCACCACUGAUGACAUGCUGGACUACAACAACUGGUUCCGUAACCUCGCCAUAAAGGAGCCAAGCUGUGAGCACAUUGAGCAGACAUUGUUGGAGACGCUUUACAGACACCGCUCCACUCUGGAGACCAUCUUCAGGAUAGUGGACACAGACAACUCGGGUGUCAUUUCUUUCGAGGACUUCUGUCAGACAUGGAAACUUCUUAGUGUCUAUUUGAAAAUGGAGAUUUCUGAGGAAGCCAUCAAUGACUUGGUGGUCAGCACAGACACAAACAAAGAUGGCAGCAUAGACAUUGAUGAGUUCAUGGAGUCCUUUCGGCUGGUGGACAGAAACAUGUUAGAGAGGGGCAAAAGCUUAUUCAUGCGUAGGUCAGAGGACCAGGAUGGACCUCCAGAAGAACAGCCCCAACAGACAACAGGACCAGAAGGUGGACUUCUUGUUCCACCUCAAUAGGUUACAACAGUGUUGUACUGUUGGUUUAUCCAUUCCAUUCCCAACAGACUCGCCUAUGUGGUCGUGGCUCAGGAUUCAUAGUGAGGAUCUUCAGGGGUUUCAGAGAGUGGUUUUCCAUAAGGAGGUGACCAGAAAGAGAUACAAGGUGAUGAGGCUUGGAAGUGUCAGUGAUGGCCCAGAGUUGAGGAUGUGCUCUCAGAAAGGCCUGUUGGAACCUUCAGAUGACACAGCUAUAUGGCAAAUGGGCUUAUGGAUUACCUACAACUCUAGAGAUUUUUUUUUUUUUUUGGUGGAAAUGCUUUGGGAUCUCUGGAGGCGGCGAUUUUAAAGAUUAAUUUGAAGAGAUCAAUAACAUAAAAACAUUUCACUCAGGGUAACAAGUUGAUAGCAAGCAAGUUCACUCAAGAAAAACAGAGACUGCCAACAUCAUACCUCCACGUAUACAACUUGACAGCAUGUUCUUUUGUCCACAAACUGAAACAGUAUCUUUAAGGUGAAGAUGAUCCUUUGAAGAAAAGAUUACUCUUCAGAAUCCUAAAGGAAGUCAGAGACUCAUCUUCAUUUAAUGGAUUUCCAGUCAAAGAGUCAUUAAGUACAAGUUGGUCCUUUUUUUGGAGAUAUUUAAGACUUUAAAAAAGUCUUCCAAAGAAAAUGGAAGCUGGAAAUAAAGGCAAAGGGCCGACACACUGAGUAUUGAAAAAAAAGAAUUAUAUUUAGUUGUUGAGACUUCUGUAUAAUUUUCU